AUGGGGCGGCGGGGCCGGCACCGGGAAGCCUGAGCCGCCACCGGACCGCGGGAUCCGCUGCUGCCGCUGCCGCCCGGAGCCUGGGGGCAGGAUCCGUCCCCAAGGAGCGUGGCGGGGCGAGAGAAUGAAGGAUCCGGCUGGGCAGCAGCAGCAUGGGGCAGCAGAACCUGCGGCGUGCUGACGGGCUCCUGCCGAUGCUCUCGUGGCCCCUGGCCCUCCUGGCCCUGAGCGUGUGCUGCGGGGCAGGCGGCGUGGCCACCGAGCAGCAUGUCUCCAGCCCAGCAUCCCCUUCUUCCUCAUCCUCCUCCUCCUCCUCUGGCCGAGCACCCCUUGACUGGCUCCUCACCGACCGGGGUCCCUUCUACCGAGCCCAGGAGUACGUGGACUUCAUGGAGCGCUACCGGCAGGGUUUCACCACCAGGUACAGGAUCUACAGGGAGUUUGCACGCUGGAAGGUGAACAACCUGGCUUUGGAGAGGAAGGAUUUCUUCAGCUUACCGCUGCCCCUUGCCCCUGAAUUCAUCCGCAACAUCCGCUUGCUGGGGCGCCGGCCCAGCCUGCAGCAGGUCACCGACAGCAUCAUCAAGAAAUACGGGACACACUUCUUGCUGGCCGCCACGCUGGGAGGAGAGGAGUCCCUGACCAUUUUUGUGGACAAGCGCAAGCUGAGCCAUCGGGCAGAGCUGUCGGGGGCUGGGAACGGCUCAGCGGUGUCACUGGAGACGCUGCACCAGCUGGCAGCCUCCUACUUCAUCGACCGCGAGAGCACGCUGCGUCGGCUGCACCACAUCCAGAUUGCCACGGCUGCCAUCAAGGUGACAGAAACACGGACAGGGCCGCUGGGCUGCAGCAAUUACGACAACCUGGACUCGGUGAGCUCGGUGCUGGUGCAGAGCCCGGAGAACAAGGUGCAGCUGCAAGGGCUGCAGACAGUGCUGCCCCAUCACCUGAGGGAGCGUUUCGUGGCAGCCGCUUUGAGCUACAUCGCCUGCAGCUCGGUUGGGGAGCUGGUGUGCCGCCGGAGCGACUGCCGCUGCCAAUGCCAGCCCACCUUCCCCCACUGCAACUGCCCUGAGGCCGACAUCCAGGCACUCGAGGGCAACUUGGUCCAGCUCCAGCGUGCCUGGGACAGCCACCACAGCCAGUUUGAGGAGUCAGAGGAGUUUCAGGCCCUGGUGAAGAAGCUCCCAGGGGACCGCUUCCUGAACAGGACGGCCAUCUCCCACUUCUGGGCCAUGGACCUGGACAUUCAACACCGCUACCAACAGCUGGGCACCAGCCUCAAGCUGCUCUCCAGGAAAACCCACCACAUCAUUCGGAGGCUCUUCAACCUCAGCAAACGCUGCCACCGGCAACCCCGCUUCAAACUGCCAAAGGAGAGGCCACUUCAUUACUGGUGGGGCCGCGCUCAGUCGCUCCUCUACUGUGGUGAGACGACAGUGCCUGGGGCCUUCCUGGAAGAAAGCCACAGCUGCACGUGCCCCUCGGAGCAGCCCUCCUGCCAAGGGGCCAUCCCGUGUGCCUUGGGUGAGGGGCCAGCCUGCGCCAGCUGCGCCGAGGACAACAGCACUCGCUGCGGGACCUGCAACCACGGCUACGUGCUGGCCCAGGGCUUCUGCCGCCCCGAGGUGGCCGACUCACUGGAGCAUUACCUGGGACUGGAGACAGACCUGCAGGACCUGGAGCUCAAGUACCUCCUGCAGAAACGGGACAGCCGCAUCGAGGUGCACUCCAUUUUCAUCAGCAAUGACAUGCGCCUCGGGAGCUGGUUUGACCCCUCCUGGAGGAAGCGCAUGCUCCUGACCCUGAAAAGCAACAAGUACAAGCCAGGCCUGGUUCACGUGAUGUUGGCCCUCUCCCUGCAGAUCUGCCUCACCAAGAACAGCACGCUGGAACCCGUCAUGGCCAUCUACGUCAACCCCUUUGGGGGAAGCCACUCAGAGAGCUGGUUCAUGCCCGUCAACGAGGGCAGCUUCCCAGACUGGGAAAGGACUAACGUGGAUGCCUCUGCCCAGUGCCAAAACUGGACGCUCACUUUGGGCAACAAAUGGAAGACCUUCUUUGAAACAGUCCACGUCUACUUGCGGAGCCGCAUCAAGUCUCUGGAUGAUAGCUCCAACGAGACCAUCUACUAUGAGCCCUUGGAGAUGACAGAUCCCUCCAAGAACCUGGGCUACAUGAAGAUCAACAGCCUGCAGGUCUUUGGCUACAGCCUGCCCUUUGAACCGGACUCCAUUCGUGACCUGAUCCUACAGCUGGACUACCCCUACACGCAGGGAUCGCAGGCUUCAGCCAUGCUGCAGCUGGUGGAGAUCCGGGACCGGGUUAACAGGCUGUCACCCCCUGGCAAAACCCGCCUCGACCUCUUCACCUGCCUGCUUCGUCACAGGCUCAAGCUGGCCAACAACGAGGUGGCCAGGAUCCAGUCCUCUCUGCGAGCCUUCAGUGCACGGCUGCCCAAUGCAGUGGAGCAGGAGAUGGGCAAGCUGUGCAGCUAGCAGCUGCGACACUCAAAUCACAGAGCGAGAGAGCCUGGUGAAAAGACUCUCCUGAAAAAAAUAAAUAAAAUAUUAAAAAGCACUCUGAAAAGAAUGAAAUCAAGGCCUUACCUUCAUGCCAACAGUGUGCUUCCAUGGUACACCCAGCCACCGGCCAUAAAGAUGUGGGGCACAAUCCAGUGGGCCUGUGAGCGCAGGAUGGCUUCGUGCCCGGGGACAUUGCCAGCAGUCACCUCUUCUGUUUGGGGACACACGCUGGUGGCAGGGGCAUGUGUUGGUGGCCCCACCGGAGCAAACAACCCAACACCACGAGGGCUCCCAGUGCCCAUCAUCAGUUCCUCUAGCAGCACCCCAGUUUUUUAGUCUUUUUAAGAUGAGUUUCUACAGAUGCCUUUGCAACGCACUAUUCCUGUGGCUGUGUCCUCACAGGUGGCACAGGGGGACAACACGAUGGGCAGAGCUGAGACAUCACUCCCUUCAGUGCAGGCAGGGACCUGGCAUCUGCCCCACAAUGCUGCUGUUACGGACGCCAGUGAAGAUCUCUGGGCCGCUUUUCCUUACAAAGAAAUGGAAACAAAAGGAGGAAAGAAAAAGAUAAAAGAAAAAUGUUUUAUUUAUGUAUUUAUUUAUUUGGCUUGGGAGGGUUUUUUUUAAGCUUAUCUAUUUGGGGAGGAUCAUUUCUUGUUGGUGGCUCCAGCUGAGAGACAUCUUAGUAAAAUGUAUCUGUUUAAUAUA